CGACCAAAGGGAUCAAGACACUUGUCCUCGCCGUCCUGGACCGCCAUCGUCACCUGACUCAUCCUGCUUUCGUUGACCACCAUCCCCCCCACAUCUGGCGCUGACUCACUCGAUGGGUCGCUGCCUACGAUGCAGUUGAACGUAUAACUGCUUUGAAGGGAACUGGCACUCCUUUGCUUGCUACACCACUGUACUCAGAUCAAUAGCGCUACGUCGCCUGGGCACCGCCUACUCGACAAUACCGCACACAAUGGCGUUACAGCAAACAUCCCCGAUGGCCAACCUGGAGGCGUCGCCCGUUGAGUCGUUUGUCUCAACGCCUGGCGACAGCUACCCUUCCCUCUUCUCCACCACUACCCCGUCCUCUCCUUCAGCCACCAUCAAUCCCAUGGACAUGAUGACUCCUAAAUCGUACGUCGAUGACGCCCAGAGCUCACGCCUGUCCGUCGUUCCGGAGGAUCUCACAUCGGCGGAGGCCGAGGCCGAGGCCGAGGUCUCACCCGAGUCAUCGGACAAGAAGCCGGCGAAGAAGCGCAAGUCAUGGGGCCAGGUCCUCCCUGAGCCUAAGACUAACCUUCCACCGAGAAAACGAGCCAAAACCGAAGAUGAGAAGGAGCAGCGCCGGGUUGAGCGGGUUCUACGGAAUCGUCGUGCCGCCCAAUCAUCUCGUGAGCGCAAGAGGCUCGAGGUUGAGGCCCUCGAAAAGAAGACAAAAGAGCUCGAGACGGCUCUCGCCAACGCCGAAAAAGCAAACAAGUUGUUGGCGGCCGAGCUGAAUCGUGUCCGACGUGCCUCAGGCGUCGGCGCGUGUGCCUCGUCUCCCCUCGACCCUCUCCGCGACAAUCAGAUCACACUGUCCCAGCAGCUCUUUAGCUCCCAAGACGGCCUCAAGAUCAUGAGCGACUCCGCUGCCAACCUCGUGGACCAGCUCAUGCUCUCCAACUCCAACCCCACUGUCAACCCAGCGUCGCUAUCACCCGAGCUCGGCCCCGUCUCCGAUGCCAAGCCCGAGUCUGCUGAGUCUAGUGAACAGACCAUGGUCACCUCUCCCGACCUGACACAACGUCCUGCAGAGAUGUUGUGCGACCUGCCGUGUCACACGUCGGCGGAGGUGCCCAAGUCGUUCACGGACUCUCAGACUCAGUCACCCCUCUUGGCCUGGACUCUGUUCCUCAGGAUGACGAUGAUUUCAGCCUCAGCGAUUCUCUCGGCCUGUCAGCGACCUUUGAUGCAGAUCGCUAUGUCCUCGAAAGCUCGCUUCUCGCUUCUCCCAACUCCUCAACUCUUGACGACGAUUAUCUGGUUGGUGACUCUGCCACCGGCGUCGCAAGUUUCGACCCCUUCAACAUCGACGACUUCCUCAACGACGAGGCAAACCACGCCGCCUCUGACAUUAUGGCAGCGAGCGACUUCGCCGCUGCGGACUACGGUUUCGAGCCGCAAGUCCACGACCCUGAGAUUCAAGUCUCUUAGACAGAUCCUAUCCAGCAGCCCCAAUCUGGCGCGUCCCUUGAUGGAUGCGACGAUGGAGGCAUUGCGGUUGGUCUCUGCUGAGGGAUGCGACGAUCGGGUCGAGAACUUGCGGAGCGAGUCCGGAGUGACGCGCGAUGAAGUUCGCCAACUGACGCAAUGUCUGAGCGACAUCACUUUGCCGUCGCAGGAGGUCCUCGUUACCCUCCUCUGGGCCUUGAAGGUCGAGGAGCGAAGGAUCCAGAAGCGAAAUCGAAGCGAGGUGCUCAGGCCCGAUAGUGGCAUCCUUUCAGAUACAGCAGCCAACAACUAUAUACUGAAAGUAACACCGGGGACGAAGCGGAGCAGACAAGCCGGCGGGGGCGCGCCCAAGCGUCUCCGCCUCACAUGACGGGAAAAUAUUUGUUUGGGAGCGGACGGUCACGGCGCAAACGGUAAAGGUCUCCAGGAGAUGACCACACAGUAGGGGUGUUGUCAUCUGUACAAUAUACUAGCCCUUGG